AUGUCAGCCUUGUUGAAGCCUGGCGUCAACGAGCCCGGCAUGGCCAGUGAAGUGAGGAUUGAGAAGCCCUUGGGGCGGCUCUAUCACUCCGAUGCCUUGCAAUGGUUUAGUACCUGGGGACGGGAGGUGGUCCCUCGCGUGGGCGUGGCAGGUGGCGUCAUCGGCUUGAUCCUAGUGAAGACCACCAUGCCACAAGUCGUGAGAACAUCGGAUGGUUUGAUGCCACAGCUGACGCGACAGAUGUGGUUCAGAAUGGUGCUCCGCAUUACACCUGUGGCGGGUGGCCUGAAAGCUGCACAGUAUGCAGCAAUGAGAGAAAUGAAACUCUCGUUGGAUCACGUAAUGCAUCCAGCCGCAUCCUCCAUGGUGUCCUUCGGUGUGUUGGGCACGGGCUUUCAGUCGGUGAUCUAUAACACUCUGAUCUCGGAGAUGUACAAGGUCUACACUGGCAAGGCCAAAAAGGCAGUUUCUCUCCGAGAGCUUGCCAAAGGAGUUCAGCCGGGUUUAGUGUGGUGCUUUGGGCGUGAGAGCGUGGCAAUGGGAUUGGGACUGUAUUUGGGUCCAGUCGUCAAGACCCGCUUGGCCGCUGCUGUGCAGGAUGAGACUGGGAAACCCUGCAUUGCCGGCGUACACCUCCCAGAGGGAGUGCUACGCUUCAGCGCCGGUUUUGCUUCAGGCGCCUGCACGGCCUUUGCCACGCAGUGGAUGCACAACGUGUCCCUCUUCGCAGGCCGCUUGGCUGCCCACGGCGCGGAGGAGGGAGCGCCCUAUUACACCCGCGCUGCAUGGCACACGGCUUACAAGGAGUUGGGCCCUGCAGUGUUCUACAUGAAUUAUCCACAUCGUAUGUGCCUCAUUGCUGGGGCCGUGGCGCUGUUGACCUAUGUGGAUAUCUUCCAUCGCCCUGAGCUGCGAAUGCUCUAA